UUCUCUUCUUCCACAACAAUAGACUCUCUCAAUUCUUCUACACACUGCUUCAAAACUUCUUAUAAACCCUAAUUUUUUAUUCUCCUUCAUCAAAUUUUUACAAUGGCUUCAUACACAGUUGUUUUGAUGCUUGUGGCUACACUAUUGGUUAGUUCUACCUUCGCUCAAUCUCCAUCUUCAUCUCCCACCAUAUCCCCUGUUGCCACACCUGCGAUCUCUCCCUCCGCUGACUCACCGGCGGCAUCUGCUCCCAUACCUGUGAAGAACGCUCCAUCUCCUUCACCUUCAGCCAUCAACUCUCCACCAUCUCCUCCUCCUGCUUCAUCCGACUCUCCCGCUGUCUCUCCUGCUCUUACUCCAUCAUCCAUUUCCACUCCUCCUUCCGAAGGACCUUCCGAAAACGGUGCCGCUUUGAACAGAUUUACCGUUGCCGGAUCUGCUGCUGUAGUGGUUUUCGCCGCCGCUUUGAUACUAUAGAGAGUUACUCGAGUUUUAUUUUAUUUUAUUUUAUUUUGUUUUUUUUACAUCACGAAUUUACAUGGAUCGUGAGAACUACUAUGUACCUUUUUGUUGUUUCUCUGUUUCGAUCUGUGCGACGACGAUUUAUUCAUUCGAUUAUUUUCUGUAAUCUAUUUAUUACUUUAAUUAAUCAGUGACACAUUUUUUCUUCUU